UGUGUAUGUCAUUGUGGAUUAGCAGCUGGGGCUAGCUCAGAGCAGGAGGAUCAGGCACACACACACAGACUUAGAUUGAGCGUGUUGGGGGGCAAAAAUAACAGCAGCACAUGUGUGUUGGUGGGGGUGGGAUUUUUUUUUUAAAUGUAGUCUAACAAGACUCAAACACUCCUCCUAGUGAGGGAAGGAAGGAAGAGAAAAAAAGAAAGCUCAUCUACCUUUGACAUCUGCAGGGACAGGGCCUGGGCUGAGACUUCCUGGAAAAAGCUUCCCUCUGGGGAGCUCACCUGUGAGCCCUUUGCUUACUGGGAGAAGCGGCUGCUCACCUGGGCAGCAUGAAGGACCGGCUGGAGCAGCUGAAAGCCAAGCAGGAUACAGACGAUGACACCGAUGAUUUGGAAAUUGCCAUCGACAACACGGCAUUCAUGGAUGAGUUCUUCUCAGAGAUUGAAGAAACCCGACAAAACAUUGACAAAAUCGCAGAGAAUGUGGAGGAGGCAAAAAAGCUCUACAGCAUCAUCCUGUCGGCCCCCAUCCCUGAACAAAAGACAAAAGAUGACCUGGAGCAGCUCACGACAGAGAUCAAGAAAAGGGCCAACAGUGUCCGAAACAAGCUUAAAAGUAUGGAGCGGAACAUCGAGCAGGAUGAAGCCCGGUCAUCAGCAGACCUGAGGAUACGGAAGUCUCAGCAUUCUGUCCUCUCCCGGAAGUUCGUGGAUGUGAUGACCAAGUAUAAUGAGGCGCAGGUCGACUUCCGGGAGCGAAGCAAAGGGCGGAUCCAGCGGCAGCUCGAGAUCACUGGGAAGAACACAACAGAUGAGGAGCUGGAGGAAAUGCUAGAGAGUGGAAACCCAUCCAUUUUCACCUCUGGGAUCAUGGAUUCACAGAUCUCCAAGCAGGCACUGAGUGAGAUUGAGGGGCGGCACAAAGACAUUGUGCGACUCGAGAGCAGCAUCAAGGAGCUGCAUGACAUGUUUGUGGACAUUGCCAUGCUGGUGGAAAACCAGGGCGAGAUUGUAGAUAACAUAGAGCUGAACAUGAUGCACACAGUAGACCAUAUAGAGAAAGCACGUGAGGAAACCAAAAAGGCUCUGAAAUACAAGAACCAGGCGCGCAAGAAAAUGGUCAUUAUCAUUGUGAUAGUGGUCGUCUUGCUCGGAAUAGUAGCUCUCAUUAUUGGACUUGCCGUAGGGCUAAACAAAAAAUAGCCCCCUAGGGCUGCUGGCUCUAAACCACACUCCUGACCAUCUUGCUGGGCUGGUAGUGAGGUCUUCCCCUCACGGUCCUCCUCGCUGUUGUGUCCCAUGUGCUUACCACCUCCUCGUCCUCCCCCUGCCUUUCCUGAGACCUGUUAAUCAACCUGGCAUCUCUGAUCCACCCUGAACCAUGCCCCAAUUUGCACCAGCAUUUCCUGUGAUGGCUACACUGUGAACAUCCAGCUGAUGGUCCCUUGAUAGAGGAUCUGGGCCUGCUUCAUCCAGCCCAGGAUGUAGACAUGUUUCCUAUACUGUCAGUGAGCUCAUGAGAAGCUGUUACCAACCCUGCCUUACCUCUCCAUCUCCCAAGAGGUUUUCACUACUGCAAACCCCAGCCUCUAAGGUCCGUUUUGUUUGCCAAAUUCCCACUUCCUGAUGGGAUUCCCAUCAAUCACAGUGGAGCCUUCAAGGCAUUUCCAGAACUGCUUGUCCUACCUCACUGGCUGGCCUCCAUCUCACAUUUCUUAGGGGUUUGGGUUUUUUUUUUUAGGUGGAUAGUUAAAAUCUUUAUUUACCAGGCAAUGCAAGAACUAAAUCUGCCCCUCAGAACUGCCUCAGUCAGGUCAGAGGGUGAGAGAUCAGGGAAGGAGUUUCAAACGGACACUGGUGGACAAUAGACUUGUGGGCUUGAGGUUGGAUGCUGCAGAGGUCCCAGUGCCUGCCAGGAGAAUGAGCAACUGAACCGGGACCUUGGAUCUUUUGUACAACAAUGCAGGUGGCAAAGCAACCCCCAGACUCCAUUGUGCUACCCACUGUUGCUGGCAACAGGGUUAAGGGGGGCGAUGGAUCUCCUGCCCCAUAGGUAGAGGGGCCAGAAUUGUCAGUGCCUUCCUGCCAGCCUUACUGGCUACAGCAGUUUAACCGCAGAUCCGAAGCAGAGCCAGGACAUGAGGGUGGCAAUCCCCAUGUUCCCGCUGGUUGGGGAAACAAGCAAUGGGGCUGGGAACUCAAGGUAGCGGGGCAGUGGCACAUGCUGGCAGUGCUGUAAGACCUGAGCACUUCCCUGGCCUGGAUCACUUCUCUCUGAUAUAUCAGUUCCCAAGGUGAAGGCACCUGUGUACUGAAGGAGGGACCCAGAGAGACCUGUUUCUUGUGAUCAGUGUUUGUUGACAACAGUGACUUGGAGGAAUUGACACCUUUGUUUGCCUGAAGUGUGAAGCUUUGUCACUGAGUUUUCCACCCAGAUAUUUACUCAAAGUAGCAAAGAGCAGACAGACAUCUUGCAUCUCAGCCCUUCACAGUAAUCCCAGCCUCUGAGUCUGUGGGUCCAGGCUGAGUGGUAGCAGGAGGGGAACUAAUUGAAACACUGGAGAUGUUGCUUCUCUCCACCUAAAUCCCUGGCAUAUACCUUGUCUGAAACAUUUUGGGCGGGGGUCGGUUCUCAUUCAUUUGGGGGGAGCAAUGAGUGUUUUCAUAGCUGCUUGCCCUUGCUAGUAUGUAGUUUGCAAGGUUUUGCAUGUGUGGUUGAUGUCCUUUUUUUCCUCAGGACUCAUCAUAUUUUUAUGGGUUUUGUAAAUUUGUCAGGAUUGGGGUCCUUGCAUAUAUUUAUUAUUUCCAGGCCAUCCAGAACUGAUGUCCCCUCAUGUGCCUGACGUUGUGGCAGCCGCCUCUUUCUCUGGUGUGAUUUUUUGAGUUUGGGUGGGAUGGGAGUGACCAGUUCCUGCAGCUGUUGCAGUUGUUUGGUAGCCCUGGUGGGGAAAUGAGCUGCAGAGUGUUAAGUUGGUUUCCACUGGGCAGACUUCCAUAUUGUUGAAACACUAACAUAUGUGGCACAAAGUGAGACCUCUUCAAGGCUGAGGACUGAAUCACCCUUGGAAAUUCAGCUCCCUCCUUUCCUUAAGAGGUGCUCUCCCCAAGGCAGACCACAGGGAUAGGCCCACUCAUAAAAUGAGGGCCCACCGGGCUGCACUCUGAGUUCACUAUAAAUGUUUUCUUGCGUUGUUGAAGACAGGUGAUGGGUAAUGAGUCGGGGCAGGUUUUCUCUUUUGUGGAAGAGGCAAAUCUAUGCUGUAGCAGUGUCUGGCUGGUCCAGCUGCAUAGCUUCCACCAUCACAAAUGCCACCCUUGUAAUCAUCCUUACUGAAGAUCCAGUGUCUCCUUGUUGCCCAUAACACGUAUGUGAGAUUUACUGGUCCAACCCCUGCUCCUCACUCCCAAAGAGAGCUUCUUCCCUUGCAGAAUGAGGCAAGGUCCUCCAACGCACACCUGCACUUGACCACUCUCCCCCAGCAUGCAAACGGAGCUGUGAGCAGGUUCCUGUUCACCUUCCUCUUCUCUGGGUUUUGAUGUCUGCAACUAUGUAGUGGCCAGGUUUGCUCGGUGCUGGACUUGGGGAGAAGCAGCUGCUGCAGGCAGAUCCUGCCUAGGGUCUGAAACUCCCCAGAGCUCUGCAGAUGGCAAGAGUUUUGUCACUGCAAAAAACCAAAGCUGUCAGCUGUUGUAUUUUGUUCUUUUUCUUUCUUUGUUUUUUUUUUUUAGUGAAACUUUGUUUUUAAUUAAAAGCAAAGAAAUAAAUUUAUAUUUGAUCAUGAAAGCCUCAUGCUUCUGUCAUGUUCUCCUCUGUGCGCUGGAUUUCCCUGAGAGCAACUCCUAGUUAUGGCCAGCCUCAGCCUGUUCAUGCAGGUGUUUGUUGUUUCAGUGUUGGCAGCCAAGGGUUAGAGUUUUGAUUAGGGUGUGCCAGUGCUCCUGCUGGGACUAAAACCUGGAGGUUUUGACUAAAUGAUCGUGCCCCUUUGCUCAGGGUCAGAGCAAUGGCCACAUUUGGGAUCUGGAAGGAAUUGUACCACGUGGAACAAACUCUGUGGGGUUUUGCCUUCUUUUGUAGUGGGGGACAUGAUCUCAAGUGCACUUUAGCAACCCUUGCAAAAGUAGGAUUGUGGUUAGUCCUUAUCCCCCUGCUUUACCUGGGGCAGGUUAGAGUGGUUUUGGUUAUUUGGGCAAUAUGCCUUGUAAUUGUGACAGUUGAUUGCAUAGUUUUAGGAAUAUGUUAGGCAGGGGCUUGUAUGGGAUGGUUUGGAUAGGGAUGAUCCUGCCUUGAUUGGGGGUUGGAAUAGAUAAUCACCAGAGGUCCCUUCCAGUCAUCUCUUUUCAUGAUUCUUCACCUGUGUUUGGGUUGCAUCCCUUCUAGUAAAAAAAGAGACGAGGGCCAAUAAUAAUGAAUGUAGACAAUACCCAAGCGACUAUUUAGCACUUUGCCUCAGUGGAUCUCAAGUGAGGGUCUUAUAAUUGUCUCCAUUUUACAGAUGGGGAAACUGAGGCACUUAAGAAGCAAAGCAAUUCGCUCACAGAAAUCUAGUAUUGGAAUGGGGAAAGGGACCCUCAUCUUUCAGUCCCAGUCCAGCACUCUUACAUCUAUACCAAACUGUCUUCUAUGUAGAGGGUAUUAUUGGGGCCACUGGUCAUAAAUGAAUCCUGUGGUUCUUGUGGUUUCCACGUUAAUAGAAGUAGUGCUAGCAAAUUUCACCUAUCCAUGUUCUAAUCUGGAAAACAUGCAAAUCCUAGCAUUUUCAUGUGAUGCAUACCAAUUUAUGGUCAUCUUAAGCUGACACUGGUUUUAGCUCAAGAUGCCGAGAUCUGUUGCUUUUGAAACCUUUCCUUCCAGUUGUUUAAGUGAUGGUAAGAGUUGAGACUGAAUAACACAAGAUGAGGAGAGGCAGUGAGCCUGCCUGCUGCACAGUUAGUGACACUGCAGCGUGGGGAGACGAUAGUGUCAUCUCAGGGAGGAGUGUGAAGCUUUGAGCCUCCGUAACUGAACUGGGCUGAGAACUGCUUUGGUGUGACUCAUUGAGAUACUUAGAUCAGCUUUUUUUCCCAGAGUUGCAGUGGUGGCUAGGUUUUGGGUUGGGGACAAGAUCUUGUCUCUGAUCUGACUGGCUGCACUAAGGAGUAUUGGUAAGUGAAAGAGUUGAAUGGACCCAACCCAGGCAGUUUGGCCUGCUGCUUGAGGUCUCUGUGUGGGCCUUUCCUCUCAAUGGCAAGCAGACCCUCUCCCACUAAGCUGAUCUGCACCGGAAGACUUGGACAGAUUUUUCUCCUCUGCUGCUGUGCAGCAGCCUGUCUUUUGGGUAAGAUAACAUGCCUUGGCAUGAAGUGUUAUUUCCUUUGGGUUGGGUGGGCUAGCCCCUAUCCAUGUCUCUAGCUACUUAUCUGGUUCCCAUAACUGUUGUAGCUGUGCAUGCAUGUAUACACCUUGCUACCCCAGCCUGGCAUGUAAGUUAGGAUUGCAGGAAGCUCUUCAAGCUGUUUUCUGUAAGGGCUGUAGACACUAACUAUUUCCUGCCUCUGUGAAAGAACAGUCUGAUUCCCUCCCUGCCACUCUGCCCACAGAUUUCCUUCCUGCCUCCGUUUCCCCUCUUCCAACUCAAGGUUACAGAUUCCUCUUAUCCCCCUGAAAGACAGAGGUAGAAUGUCCCUUCCCUCUCCUCUUCUCCUGUCUCCCUUUUUAUGUGGCUGCAAAGUUCCUGGU